UCUGCAUUCAUACUGUCCAUUGAUCAUACUGGACGAGCCCGUGCACAGGAAAGACUCUAGCGACAGACGCCCUCGAUGCACGUUUGGCCGGGCCCGCACGAGCGGUUGCACGCGCCGCAACGGAAAUACUCAGUCAUGAGAUUAUGGCAUGUCGAGCCACAUCGCGUCAACCCGUCGCGGCACUCGCACCGGCCUCCACGGCACUCAUUGCCAAUGUGCGCACAGUAUCCACCACAUCGGCCACAGUUGUAGGCGUCCGUCUGAAGAUUGACGCACUCGGGCCGUCCGAAAGUGCUGCAGCUCGUCUCGCCUGCCGCACACGUAUCCGGCUUCGGACAGGCGGCACCCUUCACUCCCGCGGCUGGGAGUCAGAGGGAGUGUGUAUUGUACCCACAGAAGACUAGGGUUGAUAAAAGAGCCUGCGGAUCAUGGUGUUAUGA